AUGAUCACAUACCCACAGCAUCACGCUUCCACAAAUCCUGAUAUCCCGGGCAAUAUUCAAACUCGCGAGCAGUACGACUGGACGCUCAGUACUCUACACAGAGAGUUGUCUGUACCUGGUGUAUCCGAGAUUGUUCUACUCCUCAAUACCACCAGAGCCGACCGCUAUCGAAUCUACCACCACGCUGAGAGCUAUGGCGACCUGGGAGUCUGCACGGACGCUGCGAGACUCAUAGCUGAACUCGACUGCUCCAAAAAGACUCCGAAGCAAGUGGACUGGGAGCCUGUCACAGGGCGAGUCCUCGGAGCCGCUCUUGAAUGUGGUCCCCAAGCCUAUGAGCGAGCAGUCGAGGUCCUCGCCAGCGAUCCUUACCGUGACCAAACAGUCCAUGUCACUUUCUUGAAUGAAGAAGAUAGGGCGAUUUACUUGAUGUUCCUAACACCGAAAAGAAACUUCCACCUGGACGAGGAACGGAAGCGUUACAACUUUGAUGCUCUUGGAGGCGAAAUACAGCCGCGCGUCAUCGUGUUCAGAGAACCUCCUGGCAAAACAAGCUUUUUGAGCGUCAGGAUAAUCGACGAGGGCCGAGAACAUAUAGCAGGAGGUAAUACUCUGGGAUAUCUUCUCAACCAUGGACUUGCCGGCCGAAGGAAUCUAAACUGGUGUUAUACCGGCAAGGUAUAUUUGUCGGAUGCUUGGUGUCGAACUCAGGAUACUGAGGAAUACUGA